AUUUGUGAGCCGCCUAAGACACCAAGCUCGCACUCCAGCUCAGCGUUCAGUUCGGCGCACACGCUCUUUGCGUCCUCUCCAUUUUUUCCCCUUUCUUUCGGCCACCAGGACGAUAAGCAGCCAUGGAUGCCAUCAAGAAGAAGAUGCAGAUGCUGAAGCUCGACAAGGAGAAUGCCUUGGACAGAGCAGAGCAGUCUGAGGGAGACAAGAAGGGAGCAGAGGACAGAACCAAGGGGUUGGAGGAUGACCUGGUCGCCUUGCAGAAGAAACUCAAAGGAACAGAAGACGAGCUGGACAAAUACAGCGAGGCUGUCAAGGAUGCUCAGGAGAAACUGGAGCUGGCUGAGAAGAAGGCUGGAGAUGCUGAGGGCGAAGUGUCUUCCCUGAACAGACGUAUCCAGCUGGUUGAGGAGGAGUUGGAUCGUGCUCAGGAGCGUCUGGCUACGGCUCUGCAGAAGCUGGAGGAGGCUGAGAAGGCUGCUGAUGAGAGCGAGAGAGGCAUGAAGGUCAUUGAGAACAGGGCUCUGAAGGAUGAGGAGAAGAUGGGGGUGCAGGAGAUCCAGCUGAAGGAGGCCAAAAACAUUGCUGAGGACUCUGACCGCAAAUACGAGGAGGUUGCUCGUAAGCUGGUGAUUGUUGAGACUGAGUUGGAGCGUACAGAGGAGAGAGCUGAGCUGAACGAGGGUAAAUGUUCUGAACUGGAAGAGGAACUGAAGACAGUCACCAACCUCAUGAAGUCCUUGGAGGCUCAGUCUGAGAAGUACUCUUCAAAGGAGGACAAAUAUGAGGAGGAGAUCAAGGUUCUGACCGACAAGCUGAAGGAGGCUGAGACUCGUGUUGAGUUUGCCGAGAGAUCAGUCGCCAAGCUGGAGAAGACCAUUGAUGAUCUGGAAGAUGAGUUGUAUUCUCAGAAGCUCAGGUUUAAGGCCAUCACCGAGGAGCUUGACCACGCCCUGAAUGACAUGACCGCCAUAUAAAUUAUCUCAUCCCUGGUCCCUGGGCCGGCCGAGUCGCUUUACUUCACUUCACUUCACACUUCUGUUCUUUCUACAUUUCUCUUUCUUUUUUUGCUUUCUGUCACCGCUUUCCUCCAUCCAUGGCGAUCGGUUAUUCCAUCCGCUGUACAGAAGAUUUGAGUGGUUUUGCUUUCUGUAAAAUAAUAAACCUCUAUUUCAUCCGUGUAAA